UGAUGUGCAGUUACAAAAAGUUUACAGGCAGCGGGUCUGCGUACAUGGAGAUCAUCUCAGCAGUUCGUCUGCAGAUCGGUAGCGGGACAUUUUAAAGAAAAUCGGCCCCUAGAGCUGGUUUUUAGCCAAAUAACUGUCUUACAGCCGUAAACCUAAUUGAAAACUGACCUUAAACAGACUGCCAUGGAUCAUUGCUGGUUAAUGUUCAACUCUGAAAGCUCUUGGUGUGCCUGAAGAGGAAUUUGGAAAUGAGACUAUCUGCAUUUAGAUUGUGAAAGCAGCCAGACGGGCGGACAUGGGCAGCGGGACAAGCCGAGGGAAGAAAGUUGCACCUGCGUGUGGCAGCGAAGUGAACGUGACCAAAACAACUGGCGGUGUCACUUCACCCAAACAGGACAGCCGUCCAUUCAAGCCUCUCAAAAUCCAUGCAAUUUUGCGCAACACGCGCAACCGUGCGCAACCGGACUGCCACAGCGAGGGGCACGACUCUGACUUUUCUCGGGAGGACGAUGACAUUGAUGGAGAGAUGGACACAGUGCUUGCGGAUUACGAGGAGCGAGGGAGAGCUUCCGUGAAGACAAACCCUCCUAAGAAGACGAUCGUCAGAUCCAAAACAUACGGACUGUGCCAUUUUGGUCGGGAGGAUGACGAGGACUUCAGCUCAGCUCCUCGGUCCCGAGCCGAGGAGCCACGUGGCUCACACGGUGGAUCAAGAGAUGUAAACAAAAUGAGCAAUGAUGCUUUCACACACUCUAAAAAACACACACCGGCGUGCCCCAGUCAGCACAGUUCCUCCUCUCAGGGCUUUUUGACAAGAGGGGCUUUGUUGGAAGCUGUUCCCACAUCAGAAAAACAAUCGACUUUUGGCAGCUGCCAUAGCUCCUCUCUCACCAUGCCAAUCACCAUGUACGAUGGGUCAGAAGAAGAGCUGAUGGACACUAUUGAGAAAGAGUUUAGUUGACCCCCAGCUGAGAGUGCUGCAGCAAAGUUGUUGUCCUUCUCAGCUGUCCUCAUGGCACACAGCAGUUUGCAGAGGACAUUUAAAAAAAAAAAAAAAAAAAAAGAGAAAGGGAAGCAGGGUUUCUUUUGACAAUUUUCUGCCACUAAGAAAGGCUACAUUCACUGUAUUUAAGCAGGAUUUCCAGGAUACAUUUAACAUGGUUUGUGUUAAAUUUAAACUGCUGCACUCCAAGCCUUCGCAUUUACCCAAGUCUUAUUUAACUACAUGAAGCAGUGUAAUCGCAGAGUUAUAACACCAACUUGAACGGGUGCCAGGAGGUUCUCCUCACAGACCAAGUCAGUGAACUGAGAGAAGCCUCCUUGGUUUGUUAUCUGCAGUGGUAAGGUGUCACUGUCCCUCCCUCAACGCUGCUGGACUCCCGCAGAGCACAUGCCUACUUAUAGUUACCUAUUAUGUUCUUUACUUUAACUUGUCUGUUAAUAGGAAAAGGAGAGAGCACUGAUAUUUCUCUGGUUGCUAAAACUGAAAUCUAGCAGUAAAGGCACAUUCUUGUGGCCAUGCUAUAUGCAUAAAAUAACAUUUUCACCAGCAGUUUUGUGCGUGCAGCGCAGUGUAUAUGUAGGAUAUAGUUUUUCUUGAGUGGCAACCCUGCAAAGGUAUGAGCUGGGAUUGUUUAUUUAAGGUUUCCUUCCUGACCACAGUUCCUGCACUUUUCCACCCUUAUGAAGAAGGAAUGUGUGGCAGCAGAGACUUUCAGUCAGGCUGUUUGACCCUGCUGUGUUUCAGCCACAUUCAAACCUAAAGGCCUGCUGCCACUUAGUGGUGGAACACAGUAGUUGUGUGCAUGAACACAUACUUGAACACUGAUGUGAAUACUGUAUGUGUCAACAAACUGCACUGUUUUAAC